AUGUUUUCUCUUGUUCAUCUCCGUUUUGCAGUCGGCGUUCUAGGAAAUAUUAUUUCUCUUGCCCUCUUCCUUUCUCCGGUGCCGACUUUUUUGAAGAUAUAUAAGAAGAAAACGGUCGAGCAAUAUUCACCGGUUCCUUAUAUAGCAACUAUUGGAAAUUGUGCUUUAUGGGUAUUAUACGGGUUACCCGAUGUUACACCGGGUAGUACCCUUGUGAUAUCUAUAAAUGGGGCGGGUUUUGUGAUCCAAUUGGUUUAUUUACUUGUGUUUAUAUGUUAUUCGGAUAAAAAAAGAAGGGUCCGAAUGGUGGCGGUUAUAAUGGUGGAGCUUGUUCUUGUGGCCACUCUUGCGGUUCUUGUUCUUAAUUUGGUUCAUACCCGGAAACUUAGAUCGAGGAUUAUUGGGAUAAUUUGUAUUUUUGGGAAUGUUUGUAUGUAUGCUUCUCCUUUAUCUGUAAUGAGGAUGGUGGUGAGUACGAAAAGUGUGGAGUACAUGCCGUUUUCGCUUUCUUUAGCGGCGUUUGCUAAUGCGGUUUGCUGGACUACUUAUGCACUUAUUAAAUUCGACCCGAAUAUUGUGGUACCAAAUGGGCUGGGUAUGUUAUUUGCGCUGGCCCAAUUAAUUUUGUAUGGGGCUUAUUAUAAAUCAUCAAAGAGGCUGCAGUUGGAAGAAAAGAAUGCUGAGAUGAAUGAAAUUUCUGGUGGAUUCAAGAAUGUGGCCCAUAAUAAUAAUAAGCUUCCUGUUUGAAUUUUUU